AUAACUUUUAUCCGAAUUACAGCUCAAUUGUCAGCAGAUUAAUCAAGCUUGCCCCCCGAACUCCUUCUUUGGGUCUGUGCAACUGUUCUCCUCCACACCCUUUCAAGAAGAUCACUGAACCCUUUUGGAUGACAAUAGCAGAUAGGAUGGAUAUAUGCUCACUUCUCAAGACGACUACCAUUCAAAGUUGCACUAAAGAUGGCUUCAAACACUUCUCGCUCAAUACUCAAUGAAGUACGUCAACUAAUCCCACCACUAUCGGGAGAAUUACACAAAGGUCAAGCAGGUAGAGUUGCAGUUGUAGGAGGAUGUUUGGAUUACACAGGUGCACCUUAUUUCUCAGCAAUGUCUUCGAUGAAAUUAGGAAGUGAUAUGAGUCAUAACAUUUGUGAACCAAGUGCAGGUAAUGUGAUAAAAACAUACAGUCCAGAUUGUAUCGUUCAUGGAGCACUAAAGUAUGGUCGUGAUCCAAACGAAAUUCGAAAAGAAAUCAGUGGAUUAUGUGAUCGAAUUCAUGCACUCGUUGUUGGACCGGGUUUAGGUCGUGAUGACCAUAUGCAAAUGUGUGGAAAAAUUUCAAUCGAAUGUGCAAAAGAGAAAUCACUUUGGUUAGUUGUGGACGCUGAUGGAUUAUGGUUAUUGCAAAAUGAACCUGAAUUGAUCAAAGGAUACCGUAAAGCGGUUCUAACGCCAAAUGUGGUCGAAUUUGGACGAUUAUGCGAAAAACUCUCCAUCAAAGAAGAUAAAGGCAGUGAUGCAGCAGUUCAGGCUGUUGCAAAAGCACUAGAUGGUCCUACCCUCCUAGUGAAAGGCAAAGCAGACAGGAUCUCAAACGGAAAGGAUGAAAUGCUUUACGUAGAAGAACAAGGAGGCUUAAAGCGUUGUGGUGGACAAGGAGAUGUAUUGAGUGGAAGUUUGGCAACUUUCCUUGCGUGGACUCAAGUCACACAAGAAGACAAGAAAGGAUCUAUACCCGAAGCAAGAAGACCCUUACUUGCUGCUUAUGGAGCUGCUUCUGUAACACGAUUUUGUUCAAAAGAAGCAUUCAAACGUGCCGGAAGGGCAAUGUUGGCACACGACCUUUUGGAAGAAGUCGGAAAGGCAUAUACGCACUACUUUGGUGAUCCACAAGCUGCAUUGUAGAGAGAGAUUUAUUGUAAAAAUACAUGUAUUCAGUUGUUAACCAAUUAUAUGAUUGCGUUGCCAUCAUCUGAAACUCUUUGACUAUCACCGCCGUACCCGAGCCAUUUGUCUAAACCAUCUUUUAGCGUCACACUGCGCCAUGGUCCAUAGAAUUGAUGAUGUUUGGC